CCCCGCGCCCCCAUGCCCAGCAGCGAGGCGGUGCCGCUGGGGCUGGGCGCCUGCCGCAGGUCGGGGGCGCUGGCCGGGAUGCUGGCGCUGGUGGCCCGGCUGCUGGAGUGGCUCCGCUCGCUGUUCUGGAAGGAGGAGAUGGAGCUCACCCUGGUGGGGCUGCAGUACUCGGGCAAGACCACGCUGCUCACCGUGCUGGCGUCAGGGCAGUUCACAGAAGAUAUGAUUCCUACGGUAGGCUUCAAUAUGAGAAAAAUAACAAAAGGAAAUGUUACCAUAAAGGUAUGGGAUAUUGGAGGGCAGCCAAGGUUUCGAAGCAUGUGGGAGCGUUACUGCAGAGGAGUCAAUGCAGUUGUUUACAUGGUAGAUGCAGCAGACUUAGAAAAAGUAGAAGCUUCAAAGAAUGAACUACAUAAUUUAAUAGACAAGCCACAGUUACAUGGAAUUCCAGUGUUGGUCCUUGGAAAUAAAAGAGACCUUCCAGGUGCACUGGAUGAAAAGCAGCUAAUUGAGAAAUUAAACCUUUCAGCUAUUCAAGACAGAGAAAUCUGUUGCUAUUCUAUUUCCUGCAAAGAGAGGGAUAACAUAGACAUAACAUUACAAUGGCUUAUUCAGCACUCCAAAUCAAGACACUGUUGAAGAAAACUUUAACUGAAGAUAACUUUUCUUUCUCGAUCACUUUGACUCCUAUCACCUAUACACUACUGAAAAGAUAAGGAAUGCCACUGCAUACUACCAGGACUCACUUUGAUCAUAUUUGUUAACAGAAAUAAAACUUAAGUGAAUUAUGGU